AUGUACUCGUACAUUUGCAAAAACUGGUUGAUCUUUUCUUCAAUUAUUUACCUCACCUUUGGCGGAUUUUCCAACGCCACAAUUGGAAGAUUCCUGCCAUUCAGUGGACUUUACCCGAUACCUCUCAAAACCCCAGGCCCCAUUAACAUAGAAGUCAGCGAGGUGAAAAAUAUCACAACUUUUCCAGUAAUUCUUUUGGUCAAUGGAUAUGAAAAAGCUUUUCUCAAAAAUACCGGAUAUUCGGCUGAAGUCUUCUUGAAUCAAGCCAAAACAUCGAAUCUCAUAAUUGGAGGGGUAUUGGGUAUAAACUUGUACGUUCUGGAAAAGAUUCGAUUUUAUUGGGCCGGUAGUUUCGACGGAAUUUCCACCAACUCGGUGAAUGGUAAAAAUGGCACACCGUUGGAAGUUUACAUUUAUUAUUACAACGUGAAGUACGGAUCACUUCGUAACGCUUUUAAUUUUCGAAACGGCGUCGUCCAACUCACAUUUCGUAUAUUUGUCAAGGGAUCGAUUCCAAAUCCAGCAUUUACUCCAUUGGUGAAAACUUUCAAAAAAAUCCAGAAAGCCGGCUCAACAACCGAUCUCCUUCUUCUAGAUGCUUUCCAGUUCUAUCUCCAUUUCCCUCCUACAACACAUUAUUUCGUUUAUCCGGGAGCUUAUGGCAAUGAAUCGACUGGAGCAUCUUAUUCUUGCGCCACUGUCAUUGUCACUUCUCUGAAUCCGACUCAUUUUAUAUCGAAACAACAGUUCCGAGAAACGUUUCUGUCAUUACUCGAUUAUAACGAGAAGCCUUUGAUUAAUCGAGUUGAACAAGUUCCAGUUGGAAGAAGACCAGUAGUGCAAUCUCGAGGAAUAUUGAAAAUACCAAAUUUAGUUAAAAUACCAUCUAUACUAGGACAUUGA